UUAGGCUCGUGGACAGUUCUCUUCCCCGCCUGACCAGACCCAGACCGAGACCACCUGAAUCGACCAACCCCCGGGGCUCAACAGGAUUAGUGAUUUUAUACUAAUUUAACCUCAGCUUCUCCACUACUUUAAAGCUCUGAGCCAUGGGGGAGGUGUUCGGCAUCACCCCGCUGCCUGGCGUGGAGUACCCGCUGUCGGUGGCAUACUGCGGCAACUGUACCAUGCCCGUGGAGUACUGCGAGUAUUACCCCGGCUAUGACAAGUGCAAGCAGUGGCUGGAGAAGAACCUGCCGGAAAUGUUUGAGAAGCUUAUGAAUGAGACUGGGGGUACGGCAGGGGGCGGAGGUGGUGGGGGCGAGGAGGGGGGUGCUGAGGAGGAGCGCAAGCGACAGAAGAGGGGCGGGAAGGGCAUGGUGAAGAAGAAGAAGGUGCAGGAGGGGCCGAGGAAGGUGGUGUUGUUUGUGGCACCACGUGGGAAGAAGCGGAACACCGUCAUCAUGGGCCUGAAGACGUUCGACAUCGACCUCAAGUUUGCCGCCAAGUUCUUCGGCACCAAGUUCGCAUGCGGGUCGUCGGUCACCGGCGAUGACGAGAUCGUGGUGCAGGGUGACAUCAAGGACGACCUCAUUGACCUUAUACCCGAGAAGUGGCCUGAGAUUGACGACGACAGCAUAGAGGACGGAGGCGAGCACAAGCGAUGAUCGACGAUGACGCUGCGCUCCCAUUGCUCCGGCUAUUUUAGUGUGACAAUAAAAACCACACUGAUGAUUGAAUAAAGAUUUGACUUGC